AUGGAGGCAUUUCGUCUCCUUUCCGUCGUGUUCCUGGCCUUGUUCUCAGUGUCUUCAACCCAGAUUCAGAAAGCAAGCCUUUUCAAACCAGAAGAGAGCCCAGGCCCUUCACUUAUUCUGGUAAAAAAAAAUGAAGCUAACUAUCAAGGAGGGCAGAAGGACUCUAACCAACAAGGGGGUAGUAACCCACAAAGAAAGCAAGUGCUAUUGAAUCUGAGAGAAAAACCCAGAUCUUCUAGUCAGCUGGGGAGACCAGGGUUUCCUAGCCAGCAAGGAAAGCCAGGGUCAUUUAGCCAGCAAGGAAUGCCAGGGUCAACAAUCCAGCAAGGACCCACAGGGCUGUCAAAUCAGCCAAAGGAGCUGGGAUUAUCAAACCAACAAGAAAAACCAGGUUCUACUAGUCAGCAAGGAAAGCCAGAAUCAUUGAGCCUGCAAGGGAAUCCAGGGUCAUCGAGCCAGCAAGGGAAGCCAGGGUCAUCAGGCCAGCCAGGGAAGCCAGGGUCAUCGAGCCAGCCAGGGAAGCCAGGGUCAUCGAGCCAGCAAGGGAGACCAGGGUCAUCGAGCCAGCAAGGGAAGCCAGGGUCAUCAAGUCCACAAGGGAAGCCAGGGUCAUCAGGGUCAUCAAGCCAGCAAGGAAAGCCAGGGUCAUCAAGCCAGCAAGGGAGACCAGGGCCAGGGUCAUCAAGCCAGCAAGGGAGACCAGGGUCAUCGAGCCAGCAAGGGAGACCAGGGUCAUCAAGCCCGCCAGGGAAGCCAAGAUUUUCUUAUAAUCAAGAAGAAAGAAAAAAUGAAGACAAGUCGUUGAAUGGAAAUAUCAUGAAAAUUAAGACUGGCAGCACCAGUAACAAGAGCCCAACUCCAAAAACAAAAUGCCAGUCUAUCUACAAACCAGUUUGUGGUUCUGAUGGCAAAACCUAUGGUAACCAAUGUGUACUUAAUGAAGCAAGGAGGUUGAGUAAUAGAAAACUGAGUGUGCAGCAUGAAGGGAAAUGCCAGACAUUUGCAUCAACUAAAUAA